UUUGGGUUGUUGCUGUUGCUGUCCCUGCAGCCAUAAGCGGGCUGUUUGCUAGUCGCCAUGGACAUCUUCCGGCGAAAGGGGUCUGCGGGACCCUCUCAUGGGCUUCCAACUUCAGACGAGAAACGACCGAAAAACAAGGGCCUGGCAUCAAGAUUGGCGUUUUUCCAGAGGCCGCUGCGGCUGCGCGGCAACUCGGCGGUUUCGAUCCCGCUGGGCGUGGUGCUCGUAUUCCCGGUGCUGGUGGUUGUGCUCAUCCUGGUGCUGUUCGUCAGGCAUCCCAGCUCUCCAGGCAGGAUAUUGAUGCCCGCUGGCUCGCCGCCAGCUAUUCGCAAAAUCAGCGAAAAACAUGACAAGGUCUUCGUCACCGGCUGCCUCGAGCCCGAUACCUCACAACCGCGAGCCAACGCUGCCUUUGUUGUGUUGGCCAGGAACAAGGAGAUUGAUGGCGUUAUCCAGUCCAUCAAGUCUGUCGAGCGACACUUCAACCGAUGGUACCACUACCCUUACGUCUUCCUCAACGACGCCGAAUUCGACGACACGUUUAAGGAAACUGUGCGAAACUACACAUCGGGAGCUGUCGAGUUUGGCAAGGUCGAGCCAGGCACCUGGGGCUUCCCGGACUGGAUUGACGAGAAAGUUGCCAAGGAGGGCAUUGCCAAGCAAGGCGAUGCUGCAGUCAUGUACGGUGGCAUGGAGAGCUACCACUUCAUGUGUCGUUUCUACUCUGGCUUCUUCUACAACCACCCUCUUCUGCUCAAGUACGAAUGGUACUGGCGCGUGGAGCCCGAAAUCACCUACUUCUGCGAUAUUACCUAUGAUCCAUUUCUAAAGAUGAUUGAGAAUAACAAGACGUACGGCUUUACCAUUGCUGUAAAGGAGCUUCGCGAGACCGUCCCCAACAUCUUCCGUUAUGCCUCGGCGUACAAGCGAAACAACAACCUGACGUCACAGGGCCUGUGGGAAAUGUUUGUGGAACCUCAGGAGCCAAAGGAACAGCAUGACGACCCCAAUGCCCUGCCCGAUGAACCCAAGCCAAGCAGCCAAGAACCCAUCGACCCCGAGGCUAUGGAGGGCGAAAAAUACAACAUGUGCCAUUUCUGGUCCAACUUUGAAAUCGCAAAGCUCAGCUGGUUCCGCAGCAAGGAGUACAACGACUUUUUCCAGACGAUGGAUCGCAGUGGUGGAUUCUGGAUGGAACGGUGGGGAGACGCUCCUAUCCACUCCUUGGCCGCCGGUGCUCUCUUGGCCCCCCGAGAUAUUCACUACUUCCGAGACUUUGGAUACCGACACACGACCAUCCAGCACUGCCCCGCGAAUGCUCCCGCCCGACAGCUUCCUCGACCCCCCUUCCUCGAGACAACCACCUUGGACGAGCGAAAACGAGUCGAAGAAGACCAGUACUGGGAGAGCUGGGAUGAGGCCAAGGAGAAUGGCGUUGGAUGCCGCUGCCGAUGCGACACUGACAUUGUUGACGUUGAGGGCAAGGACGGUUCAUGCCUGGCCGAGUGGGUGGACGUUGCCGGUGGCUGGGCCUCGCCAUAACCGGGUAAAGGAGCAUGGGUCCUUUUCUUCUUCUUCUUUUGGAAAUUUGAAUAAAGAACGGCCUGAUUCUUCCAUUUUUAGGGAUUGGCCAUUAAUGAAGUGCACGAAUAUAAUACACAUCAAGAGGCACAAGGAGGUUAGAAACAGUUACGACUCCUCAUCUAUACACAGGAGAGAGAGAAAGAGAGAGAGAGACAAUGGGGACGGGACUUUUGUGUGGCAACAAAUUUUGGGAGGGUUUUGGAAGGGUGGAAAAUGGUACUUUAUUCUCAUGCGAUUUUGUACAAGCAUGAGGCUAUCCCGCUGGCUCCUGAUCUCUAUAUUUUUCUUCAGACAUUAUUCGCUACUGCAUCUAGGAUACAUGACGGGAUAGGCACAAGCGGCGACUACAAGUCCUCUUAAUUAUUUUUAUAAGAAAACAUAAAUAGUAGAGUUAUGAUUAUGCGAAAAGACAAUUCAACAUGUG